CGCCGCGAGGGCCCCGCCGCGCCCUGUCCUGCCGUGGGAGAGCGGGGCGGGUCCCAGGGCACCGGGAGGCGGUGGCGGGCGGUGCUGGGGCCCAGCCGCCUCGCGGAGGGCUGCGGUGCCCGGGCAGGCCCGGCGGCGGCGCGGGAGGUCCCAUUGGGGUGGUUGCCCGGCGCCAUGGCCAUGCGGGAGCUGGUGGAGCCCGAGUGUGGGGGCUCCAACCCCCUGAUGAAGCUGGCCGGCCACUUCACCCAGGACAAAGCCCUGCGGCAGGAGGGACUCCAGGGCCCGCUGGCUUGGCCCUCCGGAGCACCCGAAGCUGCAGCCGUGUCCAAACCACUGGGAGUGGCCUCUGAAGAUGAGCUGGUUGGAGAGUUUCUGCAAGAGCAGAAUGCCCCUCUACUGUCCCGUGCACCACAGACAUUUAAGAUGGAUGACCUGUUGGCUGAGAUGCAAGAGAUUGAACAGUCAAGCUUCCGACAGGCCCCUCAGCGAGCUCCAGGUGUGGCAGCCCUGGCGCUGUCUGAAAACUGGACCCAGGAGUUCUUGGCUACAGCAGAUAGUGCUGGUGAUGUCUCUUCAGAUUACAAUGAGGCUGACUGGUCACAGGAGUUCAUUGCUGAAGUCACAGAUCCACUGUCUGUGUCUCCGGCCAAAUGGGCAGAAGAGUACCUAGAGCAGUCGGAGGAGAAACUAUGGCUUGGGGAAUCGGAAGACCAAUCUUUGGCAGAUAAAUGGUAUGAGGAUUAUCAACCUGAGGAUGAUCUUAAGAAAACUGUUAAUGAUUUUCUUUCUAAAGUGGAUGAUCCAAAACUCAAGAAUUCCGAGUUCCUAAAGUUUGUCCGCCAGAUCGGAGAUGGGAGGGUAUCGAUUGAAGCUAAUCAGGUGACCCACAGAGACCAAGAUCAGGCAGAGCAAUGGGCAGCUGAGUUUAUACAGCAGCAGGGGGCAUCCGAUGCCUGGGUGGAUCAGUUUGCACGGUCUGGGAACAUGUCAACUCUUGAUACGGAAUUUGAGCAGGCAAAGACUGCUGUGGAGUCAGAUGUGGACUUCUGGGACAAACUGCAGGCAGAAUGGGAGGAGAUGGCCAAGAGAGAUGCAGAGGCUCACCCUUGGCUCUCUGAUUAUGAAGACCUCAGCUCCUCAUCAUAUGACAAGGGUUACCAGUUUGAGGAAGAUAAUCCCAUGAGAGAUCACCCAGAUGCCUUUGAAGAGGGGCGGAGGCGCUUGGCGGAAGGUGAUCUACCCAAUGCUGUCUUGCUCUUUGAGGCUGCAGUACAACAGAAGCCAGAUCACAUGGAGGCCUGGCAAUAUCUGGGAACGACCCAAGCAGAGAAUGAACAGGAGCUUUUGGCAAUCAGUGCCCUCAGACGGUGCUUGGAACUGCAGCCUGGGAACCUCACGGCACUUAUGGCUUUAGCUGUCAGCUUCACCAAUGAGUCCUUGCAGAAGCAGGCAUGUGAGACCCUGUGGGACUGGCUACGGCAUAAGUCAGACUAUGCCCACCUGCUGAAGAAGGAACCAGAGGAGAGAGAGGGGACAAACUUGGGGCCUUCGAAGCGUGUCCUAGGUUCCCUGCUGUCUGACUCACUGUUCAUGGAGGUGAAAGAGCUGUUCUUAGCAGCUGUGCGCAGCAACCCCUUGACUGUGGAUCCUGAUGUUCAAUGUGGCCUGGGUGUCCUUUUCAACCUUAGUGGCGAGUAUGAGAAGGCUGUGGAUUGCUUCAGUGCCGCACUGAGUGUGCGCCCCAAUGACCAUCUUCUAUGGAACAAGCUUGGUGCCACCCUGGCCAAUGGGAAUAGGAGUGAGGAGGCUGUAGCUGCGUACCGUCGGGCGCUGGAGCUCCAGCCAGGAUACAUCCGCUCUCGCUACAACUUGGGUAUCAGCUGCAUCAACUUAGGCGCCCACCGUGAGGCUGUGGAACACUUCUUAGAGGCUUUGCACAUGCAGCAGAAGAGCCGAGGUCCGCGGGGGCAGCAAGGUGCUAUGUCUGAUAACAUCUGGACCACCCUUCGCAUGGCCCUCUCCAUGCUGGGGCAGAGUGACCUGUAUGGGGCAGCUGAUGCCCACGAUCUUCCAACGUUGCUUCAGGCAUUUGGUCUCCAGCAGUGACUCUGGGAUGGGCUCCCCUGUGAGUGCAGGGUUGGCCCAGCCCAUCAGUGACCUUUCUUUGAGAGAAAAUAUUCGCUAGGAUUCACGCAUAUCUUUGCUCUGGUAAGGCAGAUCAUUGACAACAGUCUUUUCAAGGACUUCCCGCUGAAGCAUGCAGCUUCCUUUACCUGUUUGUUGUGGCCUGUGCAUCUCUGAGCGGUUCACUUCAUCACCUCCAUGACUGACUGAGGCUCUGCUGGUAGGUAGAUGAUUGAAGUGGGGUAGACGGCAACACCUUGCCCUCUUGCCAGACUGCAUUUGCAGUGGUGCCCAGCUUGGUUAUGAGACCUUACAAUAGUUGUUCUGCAGAGACUGCCUGCUGAGUGCAUCUUGACUGCAGGUUGCUUUGAUGGGGUGGGAUUGCCAUUUGGUGAAAGAUUCUGGGUUCUGAGCAUUCUUUCCCCAUGAAUGUUCUUGCAUGUGUGUAAAUGUGGGUUGCUAGGGAAAGCUGGGGCAGCAGUCCCCUUUUCUGGGUACUGAUAACUUCAUGGUACAGCCAGAUUGUAGUUUCUCCAUGUGUCUUCAUGAACUUUUUAAGAGCAGAGUAUUGUAUUCCUGCUAGGGACAUAGGUGGAGGCCCUUAGCCUGUUGGGGUAAGAGGAGAUCCCAGAGUUCAGACUUGAGGGAAUGUGAUAGGAGUAAAAGCCUAAAAUGUAACCUCCCCUCCCAGAAUAUGGUGGGGAAAGGGUCAAGUCUUAAUUUUCACUUGAUCGUCUGUUAUUUACCUUUGUGCAGAGAUUCCCCAUCUUGUUUGUAACUGAAUCUUGUUAAUUAUAAAUAUAUGUAUAUGAUUCUAUUUGGGAAAAUGUUUUUUAAUUGUAAAGUAUUUUGUAUAAUAAAGGGGCUAGAAUUAAAACUGCCAAAGUAACAUCUU